AUGGCUACUCCCACUGCUCCCACUUCAGCUGUGGGUCCCAGCACUUUGAUCACAGUCAAGGUGUUGUAUAAUGACAACACUCGUCGCUUCAAGAUUCCGUUGAAAGAGCUUGGAGCUCGUACUCUACCCCAGAAUCUCCGCCAACUGCUUAGUGUGCCGGACGGCGUGAACGUGAUUUUUGAGCGGUACUCAGACAGUGCCGGCAACUAUGUGCACCUGGACAGCCAGAACCCGGCCGUUUACAAACAACUCUACCGGGCAGCCAAAGCGAAACUCAAGCUGCGAAUCAAGGCCACUACUGCCGAUGAGAUUGCUUCCCAACCCCCUAUGGAGGAAGGAUCGUCUGAACAGCAGACUGCCUCUCGAUAUAGCUACCUAGAAACUGUCUUGGGUUCCCCCCUCCCUGAAUCUCAGGCUGAAGUUGUGCCUACUACGGCGUCCGCAUCAGCCACCGACCUGGUUGACAAUGUGGCUUGUCCCAUCUCAGCAGAGACUCAAUCUGCUCACUGGGAGACUGAGCCUUCUCCACCACCGAACUUCCGUGACUUCGUGUUCGACGGUUCCCACUUCCCGGUCGUGUCCCAUGCCUCUCCCAGCGGAGUAUUCUGCAUCGAUUGCAAUCGCUGUGGUUUGUCCAUUCCGAACGAACACUAUCACUGCAGCAUUUGCGAUAAUGGGGAUUAUGAUCUCUGCCCUCAAUGCGUGAACAGCGGAGCGACCUGUCUCAAUGAAGAGCACUGGUUGAUUAGACGGGUCGUCAAAGAUGGCCAAGUCACCAACAGUACCACCGAGACGAUUCCUCCCCGCAAGGUAGCAAUUGAGGACGCCAAAGAGGCGCCUACGAUGUCGACUCCCGAACCAGUCCGCGAGCCCUCUCCCAAACCCGCUCCAGCUUCAGCUCCACCUUCAGCUCCGGCCGCGCCAGAGCCAAAUAGUCUGCGUAUCUGUAAUGACUGUCUCAAAGAACAUGAAGAGAGCAAGAUGGUCUCGUGUGCUGACUGUGAUGACUACGAUCUCUGUAUUACCUGCCUCCUCAAGGACUCGCAUGGUCAUCAUCCCGCCCACACAUUCGCUCUGGUUGAGGACCGCCAGUUCGCUUUGAAGAGUAUCGUCCAGUCGCGUUGCAACCCAGGGCGUCAUCAUCACCAUGCGGCAAUCUGUGAUGGAUGCGAGAAGCGUAUCGUUGGUGUCCGCCACAACGAAUGCUACGAGAAGGUCCCUCAGCAACACCCCGGUCAUCGGUUCGCUCCCCUUUAUGAUACGAUUGCUGAGCCUUUGAUCAACCACGAGGUGCACUACGGUAUCUACUGUGACGGUCCUCUGUGUCGGACCAAGUCCUGUCCCACAUUCAUCACUGGUACUAGGUACAAGUGUUCCGUGUGCCAUGAUACCGAUUUCUGCGCCAGUUGCGAGGUUCACCCGACAAAUACGCAUAACCGAACCCACCCAUUGCUCAUGCUCAAGACCCCCGUGCGCGACGUCCGGGUCAGCACCUUCGAUAGAUCCGAGCAAGGCGUGACCAUGAUCGGUGACCGCCUGGAAAAGUCUCUCUCAAUUGAAUCCGCCACUCUUGGUGAACCUGAGCAGACGGUCCAGGAAGCGUCCGAAGCAGCCAAAGAGGCCAUUGAGGAGCCGGCUCCCGUGGAGCAAGCCAGCCCUAUUGUGGACACGACCCCAGCCCCAGCUGAACAAACUGAACAGAACCUGGCUGUGGAUCCCGCCUCUGGGUACCAAGCUUUCUUCAUUCGUGACACAAUCCCCGAUGACACGGCCAUGGCUCCCAACACUCCUUUCCAGCAAACAUGGACACUGUUCAACCCGGGUCCUUUGGCGUGGCCUGCCGGGACGGAUGUGCAGUUUGUAGGUGGCGAUUCAAUGUUCAAUGUGGACACCAACCACCCAUUGAGCCUCAACUCCAUCGCCGCCGCCAUGGAGAGCAACAAGUUGAGCCAGCCUUUGGAGCCCGGUCAGAGUGCCGACUUCACGGUGACCCUCAAGACACCUAGCCGUCUAGGCACUGCCAUUUCCUAUUGGCGACUCAAGCUUCCUACCGGCAUGCCAUUUGGCCACCGUUUGUGGUGUGAUAUCCAAGUGCGCAACGUGAACCUGGUGGCUGAGACCCCCUCGCCGUCCGAGGAUGUCCAAGCGGCACCCGCUGUGGAAGCUGAUCAGCCUGAGCCUACGGGUAGUCAGAUGAUCUUUCCCAAGUUAGAGAAGGAGUCUCCGGAGUCGAGCACGCACGAAGCGGCAAUUACGGCACCCUCGGUGUCCUACCGCUCGGAGCAGGAUGUUCUGGAUGACAUGGACAGUCUGACCUUGGAUGAUGAGACGGACGUUGGUCUCUUGACAGACGAGGAGUACGACAUCCUGGAUGCCAGUGAUCAAGAGUACCUCGAGGCCAAGUCCCAGCAUUACUUUUUCAAUCUCGCCAUCCUUGUCUUGGUGGCAGCCAAUCUUUAUUGGCCUGUCUGUCACUGGCUCACCGUCGUGGGAGUCUUCCGGACAGCCACUGACAUCGUGACAAUCGAGGCCCAGAAAAUCCAUAAGAUCGAAGACACCAUGCAGUGCGAAGAUAUGCAUUACUAUCAACCUACUGGCCAGAUCUUUGCAGCCUGUGAAGACUCUCUCUUGCCCCGCUUCGAAUGGUUCCCGCCACUAGGCAAUUUGCAGGGGCCGGCUCAGUCAACAGGUUCAUUUCAUGUCAUCGACCUCAAGACCCUCAAGUCCCGGCGGCUUGCAUUCGAUAACUUCCACGGGCCCUUUGUGACGCAUGGGAUUGAUCUGGUCGACGAUCCGGAUCGCCAGGGUGCCAUUUACAUCUAUGCGAUUAACCAUUUAUCGAACCCGCACUACUUUGAGAAGCCCUCAACUGAAGGCAUUCCGAAGGCCCACUCCCAGAUUGAGCUCUUUCACCAUGUCUUGGGAUCCAGCACCGUUCGCCAUGUCCGCUCAAUUUCCCAUCCUUUGAUUGUCACCCCGAACGACAUUUACGCCGAGAGCCUGCACUCGAUUUAUGUCACGAACGAUCACUUCUAUCGAGAAGGCAUCAUGCGCACGGUCGAAGAUAUACUCCCGUUGGCAAAAUGGACCAAUGUCAUCCAUGUGAAUGUUGAUCCUGUUCAGUCGAACAGCGCAGCUACGGGCGUCGAUGCCGUCGUGGCGUCUCAGGGAUACCUGAACCUCAAUGGAUUGGGCCAUGGGCAGUCCAAGGAGGAGUUGUUGCUCUCCAGUGCCGCAGGAGGCAUCAUGUACCGUGCAAGGGCAGACCGCAGCAACCGCACCCUCUCGGUGCUGGAUGAGUUUGCGUUCGAGAGCACGAUCGAUAAUCCAACCUACUAUGACGAUCCCUAUGCAACCCCCGAGGAUGACGCUAGCGGAUACGUGGUCGGUGGUCUGCUGCGGGCAGUCGAUCUUCGCCGAACUCACAACGACCCGCAUGCUCAGGAAGGAGUCAUGGUGUGGCACCUGCGUCGUCAUUUCGGAGACACAGCGAACCCGGAAUGGGAGAAGCGGCUCAUUUUCGAGGAUGAUGGAAGCAACAUCCGAUCCGCCAGCACCGCGUUGUUGCUCCCUGUAGAUCCCAAGGAUUCUGUGGCGAAGACGGCGAUGCUGUUUGUGACAGGCUUUGUGUCGAAAAAUAUCAUUGCUGUGGAGGUGCCGUUGUAG